CGGGGAGUCGCCGGGGCGCGCGGGCUCCGAGAGGCCGAGAGCAGCGCGCAGAGCAGCGUCGGCCGCACAGAGCCGAGAGCAGCGACAGCGUCUCCCGGACGGCGGGCAGGGGAGAGCCCCCGUGCCCGGCCGCGCCAGGAUGGCCACGGCGCGCAGGCAGAGCCCCUCGCCCCUGCCGGUCUCCGCCCGAGGGUCCUGCCUCUUCCUCCUCUUCUGCCUGCGCUUGGGCACCUCCUGCCCGCAGCACUGCUGGUGUCCCGACCACGCGGGGGCUGUGGCUGUCCUCUGCAGCGCCCGGGGCCUCCAGGAGGUCCCCAGGGACGUCCCCGCGGACACCGUGCUCCUGAAACUGGACGCCAACAAAAUCUCCCACGUCCCCAACGGAGCCUUCCAGCACCUGGCGCAGCUGAGGGAGCUGGACUUGUCGCAGAACCUCAUCGAGACCAUCGGCCCCGCCGCCUUCUCGGGCCUGGCCGGGGCCCUGCGGCUGCUGGACCUGUCCCACAAUCGCAUCCGCAGGAUCCCGAAGGACGCCCUGGGCAAGCUCAGCGCCAAGAUACGCCUGUCGCACAACCCGCUGCACUGCGAGUGCGCCCUGCAGGAGGCGCUGUGGGAGCUGAAGCUGGACCCCGACUCGGUGGACGAGAUGGCCUGCCACACGGCCGUGCAGGAGGAGUUCGUGGGGAAGCCGCUGGUCCAGGCGCUGGACUCGGGCGUCAGCUUCUGCAGCGUCCACCACAAGACCACGGACGUGGCCAUGCUGGUCACCAUGUUCGGCUGGUUUGCCAUGGUCAUUGCCUACGUGGUGUACUACGUGCGCCACAACCAGGAGGACGCCAGGCGGCACCUGGAGUACCUCAAGUCCCUGCCCAGCGUCCCCGUCCCCAAGGACCCCGCCAGCCCGGUGCCCUAGCGCCCGCUCCGGCCGGCCCCCGGCCCCGUGGCCGCCGUGGCUUUGGGAGCAGGUGGAGUCUGACUGCGGCACCGCUCCCCCUCGAGGCGGGCGGUCGCGGCCCCUGUGUACAGACAGCGCUUUCACGUGUUAUGUUUCCUCGCGGGGGUGUCCCCAAGCCGGGCAGCGCCACCACUGGACCCUGGGCGGACAAGGAGACCGAAGCUCGGAGAAAUGGACUGACUUGCCCGCGGCAGCAUGGUCGGCAAAGGAUCCCGUUGGGACUGCAACCCUGGGUGCCCAUCAUGACAUUCCGUGUUCCUUCCACGGCGUGGCCUCCCCCACGUGGCACCCGUGGGCCGUGGACGCAGUCAGAGAGGAGGGUGCAUGCUCCACGAGAGUGAGAGCCCACGCAGAGCCUGGGUGCGAUGCACCUGCAGAAGGCGCCAGGUCCCCUGCUGGGGCGCCGGCUUCCUCUGUGUGCCGUGGACUUCCCGAGAGCAUCCGAACACAAGCCCUUGUCCUGGAGCAAGUCGCAGAGGGCAGGUUCUCGGGGGAGCUGAGUGGGAUGCACGGCUCAAACUGGCCGUUCCACAUCUCGUCUACGCUCAGAGUGUCUGUGCAGAGUAACCCUCGUGCCAAAAUUCCAGUCUAGUGAGAGGGGACAAAACCUGGAAAGAAAGCCGGGAAAGGUCCAGCGUAGACCCCCGAGGGGCAGCGUCGGCAGCCAGACAGACGUGGUCCGCCCGCCUCCUGCCUCCCCUGCUGACCCUGUCUCGGAACCAUCCGCUGGGGUCACCACUGUGCCUUGCUUUUCUACUCUCUGAUACCCAAAGCGCUCCUUUUCUAAAGAUGGGCGGACUGAUGUUCCAUGUUUCAAGGCCAACCAACGGGAUGCCUCCUCUGCUCCAGCACCGGAAACUCUCUCUUUUCACCUUUACUGCCAGGAAUCUCAGAGGAAAUUUAGUGCUCGAUUUUCUUACCCGUAUUACUUCACGCUCUGGGUGGACGUCACCUCCACCUGUAUCAUUCUGAUUUCUAAUUUCACUUCUUACUGCCUUUUUGUAAGAGUGUUUAUUUUUAAAUUACUUUGAGUAUAUUUGGGGUGGGUGCAAAUAAGUGAUAAGUGUAAACUGUUUAUGGACUUAAAAUAUAAGGUAU